AAAAUCCCAAGGAGUCAAGGACUUUAUCCAUACGACGAAACUACUGUACAUUGACAGCCACAGCGACGAGUCCUUGUUCUCACAGACAUUCAUUCCCUUUCUAUUCAACUCACCCUCCCCAAUCAUGACCUCCACCAACGGCGUCAACGGUACCCCUCACCAAAAACCCUCUCUUCCUCCAGUCUACAUUGUCGCAGUUGCACGAACACCAGUUGGCAGUUUCCUGGGAUCUCUAUCAUCUCUGUCUGCUACUCAACUUGGCUCUCACGCCAUCAAAUCUGCUCUCGAGAGAGUACCAGAAAUCAAACCCUCGGAUGUGGAAGAAGUCUUCUUUGGAAAUGUCUUGUCAGCAAACCUCGGUCAAAACCCUGCCAGACAGUGCGCCUUGGGUGCAGGUCUUGAACCUUCCACGGUCUGCACCACCGUCAACAAGGUCUGCGCCUCGGGUCUCAAGUCAAUAGUUCUGGGAGCCCAGACCAUCAUCACCGGAAAUGCCGAUAUUGUCGUCGCCGGCGGUGCAGAGUCCAUGUCCAACGUCCCUCAUUACCUCCCCAACCUUCGAACCGGUGCCAAAUUCGGCAACCAAAGCCUUGUGGACGGCGUCUUAAAAGAUGGUCUGACGGAUGCAUACGGCAAAAAGGAACACAUGGGUCUUCAAGCUGAAGAGUGUGCUCAGGAUCAUGUCUUCAACCGAGAACAACAAGACGACUAUGCCAUCAAGUCGUAUGAAAAGGCACAGGCAGCACAAAAGGAGGGUUUGUUUGACUGGGAAAUUGCACCCGUUCAAUUGCCCGGCGCUCGAGGCAAGCCUGGUGUCACAGUGGACAAGGACGAUGAGCCCAAGAAUCUCAAUGCCGAUAAGCUACGAUCGAUCAAGCCAGCUUUUAUUCCUGAUGGGGGCACCGUCACCGCUCCCAAUGCCUCUCCAUUGAAUGACGGAGCGGCUGCCGUGGUUUUGGUGUCAGAAGCCAAACUUAAGGAGCUCAACAUCAAGCCUCUGGCCAAGAUCCUUGGAUGGGGCGAUGCCGCCCACCAGCCCAGCAAAUUCACCACCGCACCAGCUCUUGCCAUUCCCAAGGCUUUGAAGCAUGCAGGCGUCAGCCAAGACCAAGUCGAUGCUUUUGAGAUCAACGAGGCUUUCAGUGUGGUUGCUCUUGCCAACAUGAAGAUCUUGGGCCUAUCCGCAGACAAGGUCAAUCUUCACGGUGGAGCGGUUGCUAUCGGUCAUCCCCUAGGUGCCAGCGGUGCCCGUAUCAUCACAACAUUGCUGGGAGUAUUGAAGGCCAAAGGCGGUAAAGUGGGAGCUGCGGCUAUUUGCAACGGAGGCGGUGGAGCCAGCGCUCUGGUACUGGAAUCGUUGUUGUAGGAACAAGCAAAAAGUUUACCAAAAUCCAAAAGUCUGAGCUGUCUUGAAAAGGGCCAUCUCAAGAGAAGGGUCAGCGCCAUUGAAAAGACGACUGUGUCGAGAUUAAAAGGCCAAGACUGGGAUCACCGCCACGGGCAAGAAGACCAUCAUUUGACCUUGUUUCCUCAAUACCCUGAAGCCCGUUCUUCGGAAAGUUGGUAUCAAGGGAAACUUGCAUCAUAUUUGGGGAGAGACCGUUGAGGUGAAUUGCAUGGUCUGGAUGGUCUGGAUGGUCUGGACGGUCUGGAUGAGACUGGACAAGAUUCGAGGAAAGAAAAGCAAACAGUGCAGAGCAGAGCAAAUGGGGCAGAGUAAUGCUGUUGGUGGUAGGGAGACAACUUAAUUGAAAGGGAGAAUAAGCUCUCUAAGAGAGACUGAGUUGAGAUGCCUGCGAAUGGAUAUCAACGGGGCAGCGCAGGCGUAUAUAAUGUUAUACCCAUUAUCACAUCCUUACCAGUAUCAUCAGUAUCAUCAGUAUCAUG